GCUGUGCUAGGUGCUGGCAGCCUCUGUCCAGGCACACGGCACUGCGCUGCCCCACGAGUGUGGACUAAUGCAAGCUCAGGAGAGAAGCACCACAGUGUGACCCCAAAGGUCUCCUUGUCGGCAGCACAGGUCACCAUGGGAAGCAGUCCCAAGGCAGUUGCUGUUGGGUGUCUCCUGGCAGUCAUUGUUGUUUCUGGCAUCAUUGCUCUCAUCCUGGCGGCUGUGGGUGUGAAGGGUGUUUACCUGCCUCCAGGCACCAAGUACGGGAUGGUGUUUGACGCCGGCUCCUCGCACACGGCUCUCUACAUCUACCAAUGGCCAGCGGAUAAGGAGAAUGGCACCGGCAUCGUCAGCCAGGCCGAAGCCUGCACCGUGCAAGGACCCGGGAUCUCCAGUUAUGCUGAAAACCCUGCUAAUGCCGGAGCCAGCCUGAGGGCCUGUCUGGACAAGGCCAUGACGAUCAUCCCUGUGGAGCAACAGAGAGAAACGCCCACCUACCUCGGCGCUACGGCAGGCAUGCGGCUGCUGAGGGAGCAGAACAGCACAAAAGCCGACCUGGUCUUUGCAGAGGUCUCCAAGACCAUCCAGCAGUACCCUGUAGAUUUCCGUGGCGCUCGGAUCCUCACUGGGAAUGAGGAAGGAUCUUUUGGCUGGAUCACAAUCAACUACCUGCUGGAGACACUCGUCAAGUUCUCCUUUGCAGGGAAGUGGAUACGGCCUCAGUCAGCUGAGGUUCUGGGAGCUCUGGAUCUUGGAGGAGCUUCAACCCAAAUAACCUUCCAGCCCAGUGGUACCAUUGAGGACAACAGCACCAAAGUCUUCUUCCGGCUGUAUGGGACCAACUACUCCGUUUAUACCCACAGCUACCUCUGCUACGGGCGAGACCAGGCCUUGAAGAUGCUGUUGGCAGCCCUAAGGAAGGAGAACCUCACCUCUCAGCAGAUCUCCCACCCGUGCUACCCCAAGGGAUACGAGGAGAAUGUCACUGCCGCUGCCCUGUAUGACAGUCCCUGCGUCCCGGCACCAGUUGCACAUGACCCCAGCCAGAUCCUCAUGGUGCGGGGGACAGGGGCCCCAGCGGAGUGCAGGAGUGCCAUCCAGAAACUCUUCAACUUCACAGCGUGUGGGGCCAACAGGACGUGCGGGUUCAACGGGGUCUAUCAGCCGCCGGGGCAUGGGCAGUUCUUCGCCUUUUCUGGAUUUUACUACACCUUCUACUUUCUGAACCUGACUAACGGGCAGCCCCUGAGUGUCAUCAAUGCCACCAUCUGGGGCUUCUGCACUAAAGGCUGGAAGGAGCUCCAGGCCAGCUUCCCACAGGAGGAGAGUCACAGCCGCCUACACAAUUACUGCCCCUCAGCCUUUUAUAUCCUGACACUGCUACACGAGGGUUACAAAUUUGACGAGCAAAUGUGGAGCAGCAUCCAUUUCCGCCAACAGGCUGCGGACACGGACAUUGGCUGGGCCCUGGGCUACGUGCUGAACCUCACCAACAUGAUCCCGGCGGAGGCCCCCGAGCAAGUGAAAGGGCAGCAGCGCGGGCUCUGGGCCGCCACCAUCUUCUUCAUCGUCCUGACCGCUGCAGCGGCACUGCUGGCCAUUCUCAUCCAGUGCCUCUGGAAUCCCACUUAGCAGCUCGAGUCACGGACGGAGAGCCCCUCCCAGCAGCCCAGGAAAGGGGAAGUGGCACAAGUGAUGGCGAGUGUGGGGAGGCCUUCAAGGCACUCGCCGUCUCUUCAGGAUGUCUGCCUGGUUCCUCUCCGUGAAUGCCGCCCUCCAAAGAAGGCUGAGGGGGGAGCUGAUCAGUGUUUAGAAGUAUCUCCCAGGGGAAGAGCUCUGUUCACAGAAGUCUCUUUAACCGAGCAGACAAAGGAUGACUGAGAGCCAGUGCCUGGAAACUGAACUAGACCAAUUCGGACUAGAAAUAAGGCAUUUUUUUAAAAUAGGAGAAUAAUUAAUCACGGCCUAAAUAUAUGGGGGAGUUUCCCAUCGCGUGACAUCUUUCAGUCGAGAUUGGCUGUCUUUCUAGACAUGCUCUAAUCUAGCUCACUUAGAAGCCAUGGGUAGAACGCUGGAGUCCAGGAGAGGGGCUGGACGGCCUGCGUUAAACAGGAGGUCAGGCUGGAUGAUGCUAAUGCAGAAGAAGGAGGCAUGUAGGCACAGAUCCCGAGCGCGAGGAAGGCAUGUGCAGAUCAGGAUGGGGCCCUGUACCUUUAAGUCAUGUAGCCUGUUAGUCCUUUUGUGCCUGGAAUGACGCCCGCAGGUGUGUGGCCGCACUCUGGCGAGACGACGGCAGCCUUCUCCAGGGCCAGCUCUAAGCACCAGCAAAACAAGCUGGUGCUCGGGGCGGCCCAUUUCUAGGGAUGGCAUUCCGGCGCUGGCCAUGCUGGCCCUAGAAAUGUGCCCCCGCGGCCCCAGCUCACCUCCGCUCCGCCUGCUCCCCUGAGCACACUGCCGCCGCUCCGCUUCUCCCCCGUCCCUCCCAGGCUGGCCGCGCCAAACAGCUGUUUCUUGCCUGGGAGGGGGGGAGAAGCCGAGCGGCAGCGUGCCUGGGGGAGGUGGCGGUGGUGGAGCGGAGGUUAGCUGGGGCGGGGAGCGGUUCCUCUACUCCCCCUGGUUACUUCCUGCACUCCCCCCCCGCUCACCUCCGCUCCGCCUGCUCCCCCUCGCCUGGGAGGGAGGGGGGAGAACCGGAGCAGCGGCAUGUUCAGGGGAGCAGGCGGAGCAGAGGUGAGCGAGGGCGGGGGGGGUUGUGGGGGGGAGCCGCAGGAAACAAUGAGGGGGGAAAUGCGGCACGCCUGGGGGAGGAGGCGGGGCUGGGGAUUUGGGGAUUUUGAGCUGAACACUGUGAAGGCUGCUUCCACUGGCCCUGCACGGAUUAUAGAUUUGAUUUAAGUAAAACCCCACCCCAAAACCUCCACUCUAGGCACACAGACACCUCUUCACAAAAACACUCCUUCCAACAGCAUCACAGGCUCCUACCCCACUAAACCAACUCCAAGGGACCAGCCAGGAAUCCCAGCAACAGAGUCGCCCCACCCCAACCAGCCAGCCACCCCCUCAGCUCUUGUGAGGCGUGGUUUUUACAGCACCCCCUAAAAGUUAAUGAAUUCAGGCUCUUUUGGUCUAAGGGGAGGAACAAGAUCCAGACAAGGAGUCCUCCUGCUGGCAGCUUUCUCUUCCAGGCUGCAGCUCACAUGCCUGGGCUAGCCAUGGCUAUGGCAGCAGGGCAUGGGCCAGGCAGUGCAAGGGGCUGAGUGACCCUAGAAAGGGUAUGCCAGGUACAGGCUGUGAGUGACCUUAGAGAGGCCGUGCCUGCCAGUGGCCCUGGGGUGGGCAAGGGUUUGAGGCAGCAUACAGUGGCCUGGACCAAGAAGAGGCCCUGCAGGGUGGAGGGCAGGAGUGUCCUGCUCCGCCUGUUCCAGGUAAGCACCCUGCAGUGCUGAGAGGCCGGUGUCCGUGAGCUGCAGGGUCGGGGACGGUGCCACUGCACAGAGACCCGUGCUGACGAAGACGCCUGGUAUACAGGGGCUGCACAACCCUCCAGAAACCUGUGCCAGCUGGAAAGCCUAGCACAGCAGAGACGGUGUGUGAUCUCACAGGGCCCUGAGCCAGGGGAGGACUAUUAAGGAUUGAUGGGCUGAGCAACUCCCCAGAGGCUUGGGCCAAGCGAGAGGCCAGGCAGGAAGGAAGGCCAAGGGAGCUCCCUCAGGCCAGUGGGGCUGAGUGAGCUCCCAAAGGCUCACGCACUGCAUGGCUGAUGGGCCGAGAGAGCCCCAGGGGCUGGUGCCCAGGAACCACCCUGCAGUUCCUGGGACCCUUUUUGCAAAGUAGAGACCCUAGGUCACAACUCUCCCCCACAGGUUAUUUUUAUCUACUCCCAUGAGCCCCGCUCUCUCUGUGUUCUUAGUUCCCCCAUGGCUCCUUUCAGCUCCACUUACCACUUCCUCCUUUUGGCUCUCCACUCCCUGAUCCCUCUGGGCUUUGCUAGGCCUGUUUCUCUGGCUGCCCUCCCCCCAAUGCCUCAGCUCCUGUCACCUGGCCACCUCCCCCACCCUGUUCUUUAUCCCCAGGCCCUGCAUUCCUUCCCUCCAACCCAGUUCUCAGUCCCUCAAGGUCUGGCUCCCUGCUGUGGCCCAACUUCACGGAACCGACUGGGACAAGACCAGUGUUCAGCUGACCAGGGACAAUCCCCACAACCCAAGAUGUCUGGGCACAGGGCCCUUUGCCUCUGGCAGAUCAGUGGGUCUUGGAGGGGCCACACACCCUAUGCCUGAUUCAUGUGCACUCAUUUACAGCAGUCCAAAGUGGGUGUGAAAUGCUCUCAAACCAGAACAGCGCUGUUUCUACACUGCGUGGGGCCCAGAGAAUCAGGCCUGCCUCCCUGUGCUCUGGCUCUUUGGGUGGCACGUUGCCUCCCACAGUCUGGCCUCAAUGGGUCUGUCAGCACUGCCAUUAGUCCCCUGCCGCAGGCCUGUGCCAGCUGACUCAGGCCCAUGGGGCUCAGGCUAAGGAGCUAUUUAAUUGCCCCAGCCCAAAUGCCUACACCGCACUCAAACAGUCCCUUAGCCCAAGUCAGCUGGCAUGGGCCAGCCGUGGGUUUCUAACGGCAGCAUGGGCAUAUCCAGUGACGGCAAGGUCCAGCUUCCCUCACUUUUAUUCCACCUGGUGGGAAGUGGGGAUUAAGGCCUGAGCCAGGCCUCCUGCUGCUAUCAGAGCACAGCGUCCUCUUUUGGAGGAGCUGGUUCUUCUUGCCACUUAAUCUGCACCUUUGAACCCCAAGUUCUUGCUACAGAAAGAGCUGGUGGCUGGGUCUGAGAUGGGAAAUCUCCAUUUGCUGUGU